GGGGAGUCAUUCACUUGUGAAUGAUAUGGAGGUUACAUGGGUAGGGGGUAGUCCGAGUUCAUCCGAGGUCGUUUGCCUCAUCCAAGGUAGCUCAGCUCAUCCAAGGUAAUUCACCUCGGAAUGGGCUGUAAUGAGGAUGAGCUCGAGCUCAAGCAGUUGAGCUCAUCCGAAGUUGUUUACUUCAUCCAAGGAGGAGCUCAAGCAGUUGAGCUCAUCCGAGGCUGUUUACCUCAUCCAAGGCUGUUUACCUCAUCCAAGGUAGUUCACCUCAGAAUGGGUUGUCAUAAGGAUGAGCUCAAGCAGUUGAGCUCAUCCGAGGUUUACCUCAUCCAAGGGUCAUUUGCCUCAUCCGGGGUAGUUCACCCGGUUAUCAUGAGGAUGAGCUCAACUAAGUUUUAUGAACUUAAACAAGUUUCUAAUUCAGCACAUGAAGUUCCUAUUGUUAAAAAUCCAAAAGUAAGGGAUGGGGACUGUAAUUUUACCGUUAGCAGAAUUUGCAGAGAAGGACAAAAACCCGACACGGACUCUUCAGGACGGAUGCAGGAAAAGUGUCGGCACCUUGUUCAGGGUGUUGACACCUUUCAGCUCGUGCUGCACAUCUUCCAGCUCAUGCUCGACCUCUGCACCUCGUGUUCAAGUUCUGCACUUCGUGCUUGGCCUCUGCAGCUCGUGGCUGACCUCGGCAAUAAGCGUUUGAGCUCUACAACUCAUGCUCGAGUUCUGCACUUCGUGCUCCACCUCGGCAGCAAGUGUUUGAGCUCUGCAGCUCAUUCUCGAGUUCUGCACCUCGUGCUCGAGUUCUGCACCUCGUGGUGGACCUCCACAGCUCGUGUUGGAGCUCUGCACUUUAUGCUUGACCUCUGCAGCUCGUGUUUGAGCUCGGCAGCUCAAGUUGGAGCUCUGCGCCUUGUGCUCGACCCCUGCAUUUCGUGCUCACCCCUUGCAGUUCGCAUCUUGGACUGCUAUUCACAUAUCGGACUCCUGCAGUUCGCAGCUCAUGGUCCAGCAUGUCGCACCUCGGCAUUUCUCAGCUCGGACUUCGAUGACGAGGUUGGAGAGCUUGAGGCGUUGGCGGAUGGCGCAGGUGGCGGCAGCCAUGUGACCGGGGAACCAGUUGAUGACUCCACCAUCUUUGUUGAAUGCCAUCUCCCCCAACUCCAUGCCUUUCCUCACCACACCCUCCAACCCCAUUUCUAUUUCCUUUAUUUUCUAUCACCAACUAAAUAGAUGAGAAGUACGUUUAUGGUUGAAGAAUAGAGGGGCACAUGGUUG